AUGGGGAGCCAGGACAGACAGCAGUCUUCAGUGAAAUGGGCAGGAGCGGAGAGGAGGAGGGGCCAGGCAACCAGUAGCAGCAGAGUGGAGGGAUCUGCCUGGUGUGUAGGGUCAGAUCAGUCUCUGGAGCAGCCACCACAGGCAGGCAUCUUGGAGCUGUUGAGUGAAGGCAAACAGAUGGCUGAGCUCACUGGAUGCCAACGUGCCAAAGUGUUGGCAAUAUUGUUCCAGGGUGCAGCCAAACCACUACAAGAUAGCCCACUUCAGUCGGACAGUAACACCAGUUUCUUGAGAGCAGCAAGAGCUGGAAACAUUGAAAAAGUUCUGGAGCUUCUGAAGGGAGGACAAGACAUCAGCACCUGUAACCAGAAUGGGUUAAAUGCUCUUCAUCUCGCUGCUAAAGAAGGUCAUGUGGAGCUGGUGGAGGAGCUGCUGGAGAGAGGAGCAACUGUAAACUCAGCUACCAAGAAAGGAAAUACUGCUCUCCACAUUGCCUCAUUGGCUGGGCAGAAGGAAGUGGCUAAGCUGCUGGUGAAAAGAGGAGCAGACGUGAACUCCCAAUCACAGAAUGGCUUCACUCCACUCUAUAUGGCUGCUCAGGAGAAUCACCUGGAUGUGGUGCGCUACCUGCUGGAGAAUGGAGGCAACCAGAGUACAGCCACCGAGGACGGCUUCACUCCGUUAGCGAUUGCUCUGCAGCAAGGUCACAACCAGGUAGUGUCUCUGUUGCUGGAGAAAGACACGAAAGGGAAAGUACGUUUACCCGCACUGCACAUCGCUGCCCGCAAAGAUGACACCAAGUCUGCUGCACUACUGCUCCAGAAUGACCACAAUGCUGAUGUCCAGGCCAAGAUGAUGGUCAACAGGACAACUGAGAGUGGCUUCACUCCACUCCACAUCGCUGCCCAUUAUGGAAAUGUUAAUGUUUCUACACUGCUGCUGAACCGUGGCGCCGCUGUGGACUUCACUGCCAGGAAUGGCAUCACCCCUCUCCAUGUGGCAUCUAAACGAGGAAAUACCAACAUGGUGUCCUUGCUGCUCGAUAGGGGGGCACAGAUCGAUGCUAAGACCAGGGAUGGACUGACUCCGCUACACUGUGCUGCCAGAAGUGGUCAUGAUGCAUCGGUAGAGCUGCUGUUAGAGAAAGGAGCGCCGAUACUCGCACGAACCAAGAAUGGGCUGUCCCCACUGCACAUGUCUGCACAGGGCGAUCAUGUCGAGUGUGUAAAGCACCUGCUACAAUACAAGGCACCAGUUGAUGAUGUCACUCUGGACUACCUCACUGCUCUGCAUGUCUCUGCCCAUUGUGGCCAUUACAGAGUCACUAAAUUAUUGUUGGACAAGAGAGCGAAUCCCAACGCACGAGCGCUGAAUGGCUUCACUCCACUGCAUAUUGCCUGUAAGAAGAACAGAGUAAAGGUGAUGGAGCUGCUAGUGAAAUAUGGAGCCGCCAUUCAGGCCAUCACCGAAUCGGGUUUGACUCCAAUCCAUGUGUCAGCCUUCAUGGGUCACCUGAAUAUUGUGCUGUUGUUGCUGCAGAAUGGAGCUUCACCAGACGUCUGCAACGUCCGGGGAGAGACAGCCCUGCACAUGUCAGCGAGAGCAGGGCAGGUGGAGGUGGUGCGCUGCCUGCUGAGAAAUGGAGCUCAUGUGGAUGCAACAGCCAGAGAAGGUCAGACCCCCCUUCACAUUUCAGCAAGGUUGGGUCAGUCUGAUACGGUGCAGUUGUUGUUGCAGCACAUGGCUGAUCCUGACGCUGCUACCACUAACGGAUACACACCUCUGCACAUUGCCGCUCGAGAGGGACACACACACAUCGUCUCUGUGCUGCUGGAAGCUGGAGCCACACACGCACUGACCACCAAGAAAGGAUUUACUCCUCUGCAUGUAGCUGCAAAGUAUGGAAGCCUGGAGGUGGCCAAACUCCUACUGCAGCGCAGAGCUCUUCCUGAUGAAGCUGGAAAGGAUGGUCUCACUCCUCUGCAUGUGGCAGUUCACUAUAGUAAUCAGCAGGUUGCACUUCUGCUGCUGGAUAAAGGUGCAUCACCUCACAGCACAGCCAAGAAUGGAUAUACUCCACUCCACAUUGCGGCAAGGAAGAAUGAGCUGCAGGUGGCAAGAGUGUUAUUGCAGAAGGGGGCAGAGCCUGGAGCUGCAACACGGCAAUUCAUGACCCCACUGCACCUUGCUGCACAAGAGGGACAUGACAACAUGGCUGCCCUGCUGCUGGACCAUGGAACUAAUGUUAAUGCUAAUGCAAAAAACGGUCUCACUCCACUACAUCUUGCUGCUCAGGAGGACAGAGUGAGUGUGGCUGAAAUUCUUGUUAAACACAGUGCAAACUUAGACCACCAAACAAAGCUGGGUUACACUCCUCUUAUCGUCGCCUGUCACUAUGGAAACGUGAAGAUGGUGAACUUCCUGUUGCAGCAUGGAGCAAACGUAAACACCAAAACUAGAAACGGGUACACACCGCUUCACCAAGCAGCUCAGCAGGGAAACACACACAUCAUCAAUGUUCUUCUUCACCACGGUGCGAAGCCCAAUGCAGUUACCAUGAAUGGGAACACCGCUCUCUCCAUUGCUAAGCGUCUUGGCUAUAUCUCUGUGGUGGACACACUGAAGGUUGUCACCGAGGAGGUCAUCACCAUGACAACUACGGUGACAGAGAAGCACAAACUAAAUGUUCCUGAGACAAUGACUGAAGUUUUGGAUGUUUCUGAUGAGGAAGGUGAAGACACAAUGACAGGAGAUGGAGGUGAGUAUUUGAGGGCGGAGGACCUGAGAGAACUGGGAGAUGACUCUCUCUCUGGACAAUAUCUGGAUGGCAUGAGCUACCUCAGCCACAACCUCGACAGGGCACAUUACCCUCCACCUCACUUGGGCUACCAGAGAGAUGGAGUUCUCAUUGAGGACAUGAUCACCAGCCACCAGGUACCAAGCCUGUCCAGAGAGAAUGAUAAAGACUCGUACCAGCUGAGCUGGGGAGCUGAACACCUAGACAAUGUAGUACUAACUAACACACUGCUGCAGUCUGGCUUCCUGGUCAGUUUCAUGGUAGAUGCAAGGGGUGGGGCCAUGCGUGGUUGCCGUCACAAUGGACUACGCAUCAUAGUCCCACCCAGAAAGUGUUCAGCUCCAACGCGUGUGACCUGCAGACUGGUGAAGAGACACCGUGUUGCCACAAUGCCCCUGGUGGAAGGAGAUGGAAUUACAGGACGUAUCAUAGAGGUUGGACCUACAGGAUCACCAUUCCUUGGGAAGUUACACUUGCCUACAGCUCCGCCCCCUCUUAAUGAGGGAGAGAGUUUGGUGAGCAGAAUCCUGCAACUUGGCCCACCGGGAACCAAAUUCCUUGGACCAGUGAUAGUGGAGAUUCCUCACUUUGCGGCUCUGCGUGGUUCUGAGCGAGAACUUGUGGUUCUGCGCAGUGAGACAGGAGAGAGCUGGAGAGAACACCACUGUGAGCACACUGAGGAGGAACUCAACCAAAUCCUCAACGGCAUGGAUGAGGAAUUGGACUCUCCCGAGGAACUGGAGAAGAAGCGUAUCUGCCGCAUCAUCACUCGUGAUUUCCCACAGUUCUUUGCAGUGGUGUCUCGGAUACGGCAGGACAGUCACCUGAUUGGUCCAGAGGGGGGAGUUCUUAGCAGCUCUUUGGUUCCUCAGGUGCAGACGGUGUUUCCUGAGGGAGCUCUAACCAAGAGGAUCCGUGUCGGACUGCAGGCUCAGCCAAUAGGGCCUGAGGUAGUGAAGAGGAUUCUAGGUAAUAAGGCAACAUUCAGCCCCAUUGUUACUUUGGAGCCUCGGAGACGCAAAUUCCAUAAACCCAUCACCAUGACGAUCCCCAUUCCAAAAACCUCCACCAGUCAGAGCAGCAAUGACAUGCUGGGGGAGACGCCCACUCUGCGUUUACUGUGCAGCAUCACAGGAGGUACCACCCCAGCACAGUGGGAGGACAUCACCGGUUCGACUCCUCUCACCUUCAUUAAUCAGUGUGUCUCCUUCACUACCAAUGUCUCGGCUCGGUUCUGGCUGAUAGACUGCCGUCAGAUUCAGGAGUCCGUGAUGUUCUGUGCACAGCUGUAUAGGGAGAUCAUUUGUGUUCCUUACAUGGCCAAGUUUGUCAUCUUCGCUAAGACACUAGACCCAAUCGAGGCACGGCUGCGCUGUUUCUGCAUGACCGAUGACAAGAUGGACAAGACUCUGGAACAGCAGGAGAACUUUACGGAGGUGGCACGCAGCCGAGACGUGGAGGUUCUAGAAGGAAAGCCCAUUUUUGCGGAUUGUUUUGGAAACCUCGUUCCUCUGACUAAAAGUGGACAGCACCAUGUCUUCAGCUUUUAUGCCUUCAAGGAGAACCGUCUUGCUCUCUUCAUCAAGAUCCGUGACAGUGCACAGGAGCCGUGUGGUCGACUUUCAUUUACCAAAGAACCAAGAACGUACCGCAGCCUGAACCACAAUGCCAUCUGCAACUUGAACAUCACACUUCCUGUUUACUCAAAGGAGUCUGAUUCAGACCAGGAUGCUGAUGAAGAGAGUGAGAAGACCCAUGACAAAUAUGAGGAUGAAACUGAAUCAACAGAAUUCUCCACACUGCACACACACAUGGUUCACGAUCCAGCAACGCUCGCCAGUCCUGAUCUCCUCUCAGAUGUCUCAGAUAUGAAGCAGGAUCUUAAUAAAAUAUCAGGCUUCCUGACCAAUGAGCUUUCAGAGCCAUCUCUCAUGGAUGCAUUAAAAUACCCUCUAGAUAAUGAGGGUGAAGAGGAGCCAUUUGAGAUAAUUGAAAAGAUCAAAGGGGACUUGGAGAAGGUGGGAAAGAUUCUAAACGUUGAAAGCUUUGGUAAGGAAACUGAAAAAUCUACAUGUAGUGAUAAAGAGGCAGCAGAAGAGAAAAGGCAGAUAGUUGAGCCUUUACUUAGUGAGGUCAGAAUCACAAGAGCCACUGACUGUAAUUCUGUGCCCCAAAAGGAUGCAUCUGAAAUUAUUUCACAUCUUAGUACAGAUUUGGAGAGCUAUCUCCAGCACCUGCCUGUGACUGCUCAUCCUGUCCAAGAAGAGAAUAUCAUCGAAGAAACAUUUACGGAAGUUGUGCUACCUCAGAAGCGUCAUCCUCCAAGAAUAAAAAAACCAGCAAGAAAGAAGCUGAAAGAGAGAGAGUUUGUAAGCUGUAGCUCUGAAGAUGAGCUGGAGAGGAUGAGCUCUGAGGAAUCACUCGAUGGAGACACACUUCUCGGAGACUCUGAGUUUGAAGUGCCACCUGUGUCUCCUAAAGUUGUGGAGACUCCCAUUGGGUCCAUCAAAGACAGAGUCAAAGCACUGCAGAAGAAAGUGGAAGAGGAGGAAAAGGAGACAAGUGUCAAAGUCAGAGAGGUGAGACAAGUGACUGCCGUCUCAAGCAAAGCUUUCCUGUCCACGAGAGAAAUGGAGGAAAAUUACACUCCAACUUCUAAAUCUCCAAAAUCCCCUCGGUCUCAGACUGAGAGAAUAGAGCACUCCAUGUCUGUGAAGGAGCUGAUGCAGGCAUUUCAAACUGGACAGGACCCGUCAAAGAGCAAAUCUGGACUUUUUGAACAUAAAGCAAUUACUAAGCUAGCGGUUACGUCUGCAACAAAAGAUUCUGAGGAAACUAAAAAUGUUCAAAUAUCUGACCUACAAACUUCAGAAAUUAAACCAUCAACAGAAGAGAUCAAUGCUCAGAGCAUCAAGGGAGGAUCAUUACAAAUCAUCCAUGACCAAUAUCAACAAAAUAAGAUUGUGAUUAGUGAUGAAAUUUUACAUGAGCAGGCACGAAGAAUAUCAGAGGAUCCUAGUGUUAGCAAAACUUGUGUGGACUUUUCACUUAAUAACAAAGACUCCUGGAAACCAAGCAGGCUGCAAAGUGAGAAAACACUGGUUAGUGUAAGAGACAAAAUAUAUAAAUCACCUUCAAAUAUGUCAUUUGAUUAUGAGGAAGAGGGUAAGGAAGAGAUAUUAUUCAGUGAGGAUAAAAUCAUAGAAAAUAAAGAAUGCUCUAAGGAACUGUGUCAAGAGAAAAUACAAGCUAAAGACUCAACAGUAACUUUGGAAGUGUGGCACCAUGAAGAAGAACAGUGCAGUCCUGAAAUACUGCAUUAUGAAAAACUAAGCACCAGGCAUGAACGGAGAAUAUCUGAAGAACCACAGAUUAGCCCAGACCGGAAACCUUCUGAAGACUUCAGUGCUGUUAUCAAAGAGGAACUCAAGGAGAGUCCAGAGUAUCAGAUGUUUAUCCAAGCAGCAGGUCCAUUGCCAGUCAGCUCCACCUCGUAUAUCGAGACUUGUAUUAUACAAGACAGCAGUCAGGUGGAGCACAAUGCUGUGGAACACCAUUCACAGAAGCCAAAGCCAGCAGUCUGUUUUGCUCCUGCAGUGGUCCAGAGUGAGAAAUAUAUUUCAACAAUAAUUCACGAUGAGGAAAUAAAUGAAAAACUCAAGAGGAGCAUGCAAACAGAUGAAGAUUCAACAGAAACUAUGUUCAAGAGCAGGAUACCUAGAACACGUGUAGGAGAGUAUGAAGCUUAUGAAGAAUUUAAACAAACUGUAAAUACAAGUCCCGAAAUGCUAAUCAUAAGUGACCAGAAGGUUAAAUCACCCACGGAGCCAGAAGACCAGCCUGAGGAGAAGAGUGUAAUGCAAUUAGAAUACACAGAAAGUGGAAGUCCAACUAAAAGUGCAGUCCAAACAAGACUUGAAGAAACACAAGAGACAGAAGAAAAAGACCAGCAAGCUCAAGACACAAAGCAAGUGGCAUUUUAUAUGGAGAUCAAAAGUCCAGUCCAUGCAGAGCUGGAGUUCACGCAAAUGUCACCUAAAGAUAUCAAAAGCCAAGUACAAGCAGAGCAGGAAAUCAGUUUUCAGGGUGAAAGAGAUCAGUUGAGUCAGGAUAUGUGCAGCCAUGAGGAAAUUGUGGAGUCUGAAGAAUUUCAGAAAAUUCAGCAAAUGUUAUCCAGACCACAUGACCUGGAAGACCCACAACCUAUAAUGAGUGAUCUUAAAAUAAACUCACCAAAGAUGACACCUGAUGAAGAGGAUCUUUCUUCUCAUAAGUCUCCUGACUCAGUUCAGCUAUCAUCAACAGAAAUCAAAACAGUCCAAACAGAGCUUGAGGAAAGAUACUUACAUGAGACCGAGGAAGUCCAACAUGUAUAUAUAACUACAAUGGAAAGGAUGAUUGUUACAGAAACGCAAACACAAACUCACACAGAAGAGAGAAUAGGUUUUACUGUAAAAUCUGGAAUUUCAGAUCAGAAUCUGGAUGACAGCAAUGAGACUCUUGUACCGGAGGAAACUAAACAAAUUAGAGGAAUUUAUAAGAUUUCUUCUGAAGUUCAGGAAAGUCAGCAAAUUCCUUAUUCCACAUCCUCUACAUCUAGCUCUGGUGUCCUCAGUGACCUACAGGACAUAAUAAGUGAUCCUGAAAGUGGAUGCAAAUCAGACUGUCAGGAAAUAACACCUGGCAAUGAGGAUUUCUCUACUCACAAGCCUCCUGACUCUGUGCAAGUAUCAUCCAGAGAAAUCAAAAGUCCAGUCCAAACAGAGAGAACAGGUUUACAUGAUGCAGAAGAAGACCAUGAGCAUGUGUAUAAGACUACAGUGGAAAAAUUUUCACUUUCAGAAAUCCAAACACAAAUCCAGACAGAGGAGGAAAGAAGUGUUAAUGUGGGAGUGGAUAUUCCAGUUCAGGAUCUGGAUGACACCUAUCAGGAUUAUACAUUUAAGGAAACUAAACAAACUAAAGAUAUUUGUGACAUUUCCUCUGAGGAAACUGCUGAGUCUGAAGAGUAUCAGCAAAUUCAGCACAGGUUGUAUAGUGCUAUUAACCUUCAUGACCUACAGCCUAUAAUGAUGAGUGGACCUGAAAGUGCCCGCCAGGUAGACCCCCAGGAGAUUACACCUGAUGAAGAGGAUCUCUCUUUUCACAAGUCUCCUGACUCAGUUCAUGAAAUAUCAGAAGAAAUCAAAAGCCCAGUCCAAACAGAAAGAACAGAAAGAACAGGUUUACAUGAGACAGAAGAUGAUGAACAGCAUGGGUAUAAGACCAAAGUGGAAAGUUGUUCACCUACAGAAAUGCAAACAAAAAUCCAGACAGAGGAGGAACUAAGUGUUAAUGUGGGAGUGGAUAUUCCAGUUCAGGCUCUGGAUGACACCUAUCAGGAGUGUGCACUUAAGGAAAUUAAACAAACUAGAGAUAUUUGUGAGAUUUCCUCAGAAGAACCUGCUGAGGAAAUUCAACAAAGGUUGUAUAGUGCUAUUAACCUUCAUGACCUACAGCCUAGAAUGACGAGUGGACCUGAAAGUGUCUGCCAGGUUGACCCCCAGGAGACUAUAUCUGGUAAAGAGUGUCUUUCUUCUUCUGACUCAGUGCAAGUAUCAUCAACGGAAAUCAAAAGUCCAGUCCAAAUACAGCUUGAGGAAACACAUUUACAUGAGACAGAAGUGGAAGACCAGCAUGAGUUUAUGACUAUAGUCGAAAAGUUGUCACCUCCAAAAAGCCCAGACCAACCAGAGCAGGAAAUAAAUGUUGAGGUUGAAGAUGAUUGUUUAGUUCAAGAUCGGCAUGACAGCUACAUAGUUUCUCCAGUUGAAAAAACUAAACAAAUAAGAGGAAUUGAUGAAUUUUACUCUGUAGAAACUGCCAAGUCUGAAAGAUUUCAGGAAAUUCAGCAAUCAUUGUCUAGACCAGACAAUUUAGAAGACCUACAGCCUGCAUUGACGAGUGAUCUUAAAAGUAUAUGCCAAGGAGACUCACUGGAGUCUUCAUCUUUUAAAGAGGAUUCGUCUUCUAAUAAGUCUCCUGACUCCAUCGAGCCAAGUCCAACCAAGGACUUUCCAUGUCCUGACUCCUUAGAGACAAGUCCCACAAUCCAGAGACCAGGCUCCAAAAGCCCAGAGCUCUUACAUCAAGCCAGCAAUGACUCACAAAGCAGCCAGCUUGCAGUCAGCUUCACAGAAAACAUAGAGUUAGAAAUUAGUAAUGAAAUGAUAAUCCAAAGAGAAGCUGAGAUUCCAGGCUUACAGUGCCUUUCAACUCGCUUAAAGUCACAUACAUCUCCACUGGAUGAAGAAAACCUGCAAAGCAGUGGUCUGGUACAAAGACAGGCUACACCAAAUGAAGAAAUUAUAUAUAUGGAUAUGAAAAUUAAAACAUUUGAUGAAAUGAAGGAUCCUGAAAUGCAGAGGUUUGAUUCAGCCAAUUCAGUAGAGCUUUUGGUGAAGGAUGCGAUGAGGACAGAAGGAAUGUUAAUCCUAAAUGAGGAUAACGCAUCUGUAUAUUCUGAAAUUCCUGAUACACAGGAGCCAUCGGCGCCUUUACAGCCAUUUCUAGAGGGAAAUGAUGAGGAAGCUCAAGAGAACAGUGAAUUGAAAAAUCAGUUCACUCCUGAGGAAAAGAUGUUCAAGAUGGCAGCAAAAAUCCGGGUCUUUGAUGAAAUUGAAAAGGAAACCAAAACAAGAAAGGUUAGAUUUGAUUUCACCGCUUUAUCCCAGGAUAGAGAUGAUGAGCUGCAGCAAAAGGAAGAGCUUUGGUCCUGUGAUGAAAGUCCACUAGAUUAUGAAGAGGAAGACACAAACCAGAAGUGUGGACCUGAGUCCAGUACUGUGUUGUCUUCAUACCGACAGUCAGAGAAGUGCGAUAACGCACCACUAACUGAACCACCACAAGAGGAAACUGAACAAGCCUUGAGGGAAAUUCAGGUCUCAGGGUGUAGUUACAGUCAUGAAUAUGGAGCUUCAGAUUUGAGAGGUGAGAUGGAGAUGGAAGGAUUACCUAUGCAAAUUCACAUUGACAAAAAGGAGUUGAGCCAUGAAGAUGUUUCUCCUGAGUGCCUUAUUAAAAAAGACAAGGCUGACACAAUGGAGGCUUUGGCUGAGGAUUCAGCUGCACUGUUAGUGGACAACAAAACUGAUAGCAACUCUGAUAUUGCAUGUCACAUCAUCGAUGAGAAAACUGGAGAAAUGCCUCAGUCUUUAGUUGACACUGUGUUUCCUGUGUGUGAUGGGAAAGCUAAGGAAGAUUAUCAGCCACAUCUGUAUGGUUAUGAAGAUGAUCAUUCAGUUGGUGCUGAAAAGUCACAAAGAAUUUCAGAACUGGUUCAUGGAGACUUGGUUCCUUGGAGUGUAGAAUUGGAUGAUGAUGAAAGCUUUCACUCACAGAUUGUGAUGGAAGAGCAGAAAAUUAAUUCCCAGACCUCAGACACUCUGUCUCAGGAGUCUACUCCUGAAAUGCCUCCUGCUCGGAAUCCUACAGAAAAUGGGCAGCCAAACCCGUUCCUGUUCCAGGAAGGGAAACUCUUUGAAAUGACAAGAGGUGGCGCUAUUGAUAUGAGCAGAAGGAGCAUGGAAGAAGAGCAGGGUACAUUUGUCUUUUUCCCCAUAAGUGAGGAUCCUUCAGAGGACAGUCCCUAUGAGCAAGUCAGGGAAAGUGCAAUGGAAUUUAGGACCUCCCUGGAAAUUUCAUUAGAUUCAAACAAUGAAGAUUCACCUCAGGAUGGUUCUGGUCCUUCAGAUGAACCCAGAGAUUCAGAAAGUCACAAGGACUCAGAGAUCCCAAAAGAGAAAGAUCUGGGAUUUGAUUUGUCAGUUGCAGACAUCAAUACUGCCACUUCUACAGUGACUCAGUCCAUCUCCUCUGAGCAGGAUAUGGAGUCAUCUGAGUCUUCAGCAGAGGAUGAUCAGCACUCAGUUAUUGAAAUACCUACACUUACUCAAGAUGAUCUUAUACUUCCUAGUGGAAACACAUUGCAAAUAUCAUCACAGUGUUCUCUCAGCUCACCCAAAUGUCUUGCUGCCAAACCUGACGGUUGGAAACCAAAGUCAAAGAUUCCAGUGAAAGCAACCAGCUUUGAUCACAUUUUGGAGAAAGCUGACACUACAGAGCAAACCAGAAGGCCCAAAUCAGAAGCAGAUAUUGGCCUCUCAGAUGUUAUCAGUGGUCUUCAUUUUUCAUCAGUGAAACCAAAGACUCCUGUAUCCAAAAUACCUGUGUCUGUAGAACAAACAUCAUCAGGUGCACUUCAUUCAGGUCAACCUCAACACACUCAUGAAGGUGGAGGUGCUGAAAAGUCUCCAGAUGAAAAGGACAGCCCCCAAACUGUCCUCGAUGGAGAUAGUAGGUCAAUGCAGUUCCAAACCCCCCCUGUAGGAGAGGACAUAUUUGAAACCAGACCAAACUGGGAGGAUUGUGUAGAGACACAGAUGCAGCGACUCUCAGACAGCAGUAGUCCAGAUCAGAGUAAAGUGAACUGGAAUGAUGAUGCCGAUCGUAAAGAGGAAAUUUUGUCCAUCACUGCUGAUCUUCUCGGAUUUAGCUGGACAGAGUUAGCUAAAGAGCUGGAGUUCAGUGAGAAUGAAGUUCAUCAGGUUCGAGCAGAGAAUCCAAACUCACUGCAGGAGCAGAGUACUGCACUUCUAAAACGCUGGACUGAGCGCGAGGGCAAACAGGCCACCGAGGACUGUUUGAUAAAGACACUGACUAAAAUAAACCGCAUGGACAUUGUCCACCUCAUCAAGACUCAGCUGAACAAAUCACUCCAAGAACAAACAUCCAGAACAUAUGCCGAGAUUGAGAGGACGCUGGACCACAGUGAAGCUCUGUCCUCAGUACAGGAGGUCAGUCCCCGGAUGGUGAGGAGAAUGGAUGUUUCCCAGAAACCCCCAGCUGCAGUGUCAGAGGAGGACCUAUCCGUGGCCUCACUGCUAGACAUUCCUUCCUGGGCUGAGCCUGUAGGCCACACCCACUCUGAGAGUAUCCAUGGAAACAUGCUAGAGGACCUGGAAGUCACACAAGAGGUGUGGGCGUGUCAAGAGGGUGAAACUGACUUAACACACUUAUCUCCACAAGGACCACUCUCAGCUGCAGGUCUGGCUGCAGAUCAGGCUCUGAGUGAACCUGAAGAUCACAAUGUCCUGAGUCUCUCACCUGCAGUAGAACCUCCAAAGCCAUACUUCAACUUCAGUCAGUCUUCCAUUGACAGAUUUUCAUGUGAGCUUUCAACAGACUGGCACUCAAACCAAGCUGAGGUUCGAACAUACAUGUCACAAGGACAUGCUGAGAAAAAUCUGGAAUCUUCACCUGAUGAUCUUUCUCCUGUGUAUGAGAAAAGUGACAUGGAAGAAAGUGAGAAGUCCUCCUCAGAGUUUCUACAGUCUCGUCUCUCUGGCUCUGAUGCACACAAAGUCCUGCAGCUUACUGAGAUUGAUCAAGAACCUGGAGAAGAACUUACUCUUUCAGUUGAUCAAAUGAUGAAGAGAUCUGCUUCAGAGGACUUGACACAGCAAACCCUAGACCUCACCAGGACACCAUCUGAGUCUGAUUACAUUUUUGUAAAUCCUGAAUCUGAUCAGCUCCCAGCUGGAGAACAUGCUGUGUUUGAUUCAGCAUGUAAUUAUAAAGGUAACAUGGAGAAACAGGAACCAUCAGAAGGUUGGAAUGAAGUGUCUCAAAUACCUGAAGCAAAGACGGAAGCUGUUAGUCAAGAGGAAUCUCCUCAAAUGAUUAUACCAUGCAUCCAGGACGCUGCAUCUCCUGAAGAAUCUCUAGAACAGAAACCUCUUUCAGAGGAACUACUUGAUGACCGACAUUCCUCUCAACAAGAACAAAAACAUGACCUUCAAGAAACCCAUAACAUCUACACUGAUGAUGAUGAAAUGCAGCAUGAGGUCCAGUUUGAAGGGAAUAUCACAUCAGGCUGUUCCAUUUUGAAAAAGAGCAUUCUUCAGCAAGAUGUUUCACCAGUUUCUCACUCAGAUGGUUCUCCACGAACACCAGACACAGUCCGAACCAUGCAGCACUUUGAGUUUGGGGAAGUUCUUUGGGCACCAGAGAGAAGCUCUGAUCAGGAGGCUUAUCAGCUUCUCACCAAGGUUCCUGAGAUGGCAACCUCACAAAGCUCAAAAUGUCCACAAUCAGAAUCUUUUAUGUCUGAUUCACUAUCUCAGUUUUCAGAGGAGGCUUCAUUCAGCUGCAGUUUCUCUGAAUCUGACCAAACUACUGUAUGCUCCUUAAGCACCAAUGAAGCUCUGGCAUUACUUCAAAAACUUGUUCCUACAGAAAAUCCACUGACUGGUGAAGGCAUUGCCUUGGAGAGCACUGAGUCAAGAAAAUCUGAACAUCAUGAUGAAACACUCAUAAAACCACUUUCCAAAACUAAAGAGCCUGAAAUCAUGAAGAUGCAGAAUGAACAUGCUCAGAUUCUCCAGAGUGUCUUCCAUCUACCUGAAGAGCAGGAAAUGUUCUUGGCAAACUCAAAUUACUCAGACCUGGGACUAGAACAGAAUGUAGCUUGGGCAACAUGUAUUAGCAUAACGCCACAAGAACGUAGUGCUGAAAGUCCGAGCACAUCUAAGACUGGUGAAGAAGAGAACCAGGAUUCUAUCCAGAACUGCAUGGAAGUACCAGUCAUCCAGGAAGUUUUACAAGAGUCAGAGGAACAAGAGGAGCCAGCCAGACUGAAAAAGAGUUUACAGUCAUACAUUAGUUCUUCUGAAGAAGCUCCUCCUCAUGGGGAUGUUAUGGAUGAUGGGGAUGAUGAUUAUGAUGAUGAUGAUGAUGAUCUGAGGAGGGCUGAUGGUGAAGUUGAUGUUCCUCCACAGACUGAGACUUCGGAACUGUACAUGGAGGAACAGGGACCCCUGCACAUUACACAGGUGAGUCAGAGGGCAUUGGUCAAACGCCGUGGAUCAGCAGAGGACAGAACGGAAGGUCGUGUCCAAUCUAAAGCGGUGAAGAGAACAGUGGUGAAGAGCGAUGGGGAUGAGACAGAGGUGACGUUUACUGAGCAGCAUGAGGCUGCUGAGGUUCGAGUGGUCAGCACAACAGUCAGUGAGAUGGUCAGUGACACUGGAAAACAUUUUGAAAAAACUCACCUGGACACACACCUGGCCACUGCCCAUGAUGACAUCACACAGGGCGAGGAUGAAGAACACGAGUUCUCUGAAGUGGACUUCACUGAAGGGUGCAGGAUGAAGGAAGCAGGUGUAUAG